UUUCUGACGGCAUGACGUCACUGGGAAUUUCCAGCGAGGAAGUAAUAUUGUAUCUCAUAGAGCGAGUGGCUGAAAGUGGCAUAUGCACAAUCACAAGAAAAAAGACACUCGUUUCUCCUCAGCCGCACUGAAGAAGACUGAUUUUAUUUCCCUGGUUGCUUACUUAUGGAUUCGUAGCUUUUUACGCGGCUGCUCGUCUCGUCGUUUCUCUUUAUUGAAAUGGCGCAGUGAAGUGAGUUACUGUCUACUGGCCCCUUAGACUGUUAACUUUGAAGAUCUCCCGCCUCCAGCUACACCAGUCUCGAUAGAAAACCUACAGCUUCGCGAAACGGAAAAGACAUGAAUGAUGAAGAUGUAUAUCUGGGAGUUACUCACCCUAUAUUUGAAAUGGAUGCUUUUGAUCCACUGAUUCCAGUGGAGCCUUUAAAUUUUCCUAAUAUGCCAUCUUAUAAUUCACCACGAAUAGCUGAUGGGCCGUACCUGGAAAUCAUAGAACAGCCUAAACAGAGAGGCUUUCGUUUUCGCUAUGGCUGUGAAGGGCCAUCUCAUGGUGGACUACCUGGAGCUUCAAGUGAAAAGAAUAGAAAAUCUUAUCCUCAAGUCAAGAUUUGCAAUUACCAGGGACCAGGUAGAAUUGUGGUUCAGCUGGUUACUUGUUCCAAAGAGGUACAUUUGCAUGCACACAGCUUGGUUGGAAAGCAGUGUGACAAAGGAAUAUGCAUUGUUGACAUACCACCCAAGGAUUCAUGUGUCAGUUUCCCAAACUUGGGGAUUCUCCAUGUGACUAAGAAGAAUGUUGCCAAGACCCUGGAGGACAGAAUGAUAGAGGCAUGUAAAAUGGGCUUUAAUGCAGGAAUUCGAAUUCACCAGGAGAUAGACUGUUUAUCAGCAGAGGGAAGGAUACCUAGAGACCUUAAUGAAUACCAAAAAAGUCUAAUCAGUAAUGCAGCAAUCAAUCAAGCAAAAGAUAUGGAUCUCAGUGUUGUCAGACUAAUGUUUACAGCCUUUCUACCAGACAGUGAUGGAAGCUAUACAAGGCGAUUAGACCCUGUUAUUUCUGACCCAAUAUACGACAGCAAAGCCCCUAAUGCAUCUAAUUUAAAGAUUGUGAGAAUGGAUCGAACUGCUGGUUGUGUCACUGGAGGAGAAGAGGUCUAUUUACUUUGUGAUAAGGUUCAAAAAGAUGAUAUCCAAGUACGAUUCUAUGAAGAAGAUGAAACUGGAGGUUUUUGGGAAGCAUUCGGGGACUUCUCUCCUACAGACGUUCACAGGCAGUUUGCUAUUGUCUUCAAGACUCCAAAAUACAGAGACCUCAAUUUACAAAAGCCAACAUCGGUAUUUGUCCAGCUAAAAAGAAAAUCUGACAAUGAAACAAGUGAACCAAAACCCUUCACAUACCAUCCCCAGAUAAUAGACAAGGAGGAGGUCCAGAGGAAGAGACAGAAGACUCUACCCAGUUUCCCAGAUUAUGGACCACCAGGGGCUGGAUCAGGAGGAAUUUAUAGAGGAGGUGGUGGUGGAGGAGGAGGCGGCAACACUGGUGGCCCUGGAGGGGGAUUUAAUUUCCAAGGAUUCCCAAACUACAAUAAUUUCGGAACUGGUUAUUUUCCUCCAGGCUCAGGUGGAAGUGGUCCUGGACUAAAACAUGCAGCACGAGGUCCACCUAACAUUGACAGUGAUGAUGACAGUGAUCUGGAUGAGGACAGGUGGCCACCAGGCAAUUCAGUGAUUUCUUGUCAAAAAACAUUAGAACCUGGUGCUGCAACUUUAAAAGAGGAGAAUACAUCAGAUGAUGAUGUGAAACAUUUGCAAGAAUCUGAAAAAGUGAUAACAGAAGAUGCUGUUACUCCUGACCUGCAGUUCACUGAAAAGGAAGCUCAGCUUGCACUGCAUCAUGCUUGUGCUCUUUUCAAUUAUGCUAUCACAGGGGAUAUAAAAGAGUUACUGGCUGUUCAGAGACCUCUCAUAGCUACUCAGGAUGAAAAUGGAGAUACGGGCUUACACCUGGGUGUUAUCCAUAGCAAAAGUGAGGCAGUAAAAAAUCUUGCAGAUGUGUUAGCCGGUAUUCCUGGUGAAGAUGUCAUCAAUAUGAGGAAUGACCUCUACCAGACUCCCUUGCACUUGGCGGUUAUCACAGAACAACUGACUGUUGUAGAGUCUCUGUUGAAAGCCAAAGCUGACGUAUCUCUCACUGACAGAAAUGGAAACACAGCUUUACACCUGGCUGCCAAAGAAGGCCAGGCAGCCAUUCUGGGACAUUUGCUUCAGUAUAAAGAAGUAAAACUGUUGCUUAAUCAACCAAAUAGUAAUGGUUUAUACCCAAUUCACCUUGCAGUACUUGCAAACAGCCUUUCAUCGGUGAGGCAGAUGCUGGCUGCUGGAGUGGACGUGAACGCCCGUGAACAGAGCUCAGGACGAACAGCGCUGCACCUUGCAGCAGAGCAAGAAAAUGUCUCUCUAGCAGGAAGCCUUCUUCUUGAGGGUAAUGCACAUGUUGACUCCUGCACAUAUGACGGGUCCACUCCACUACACAUCGCAGUUGGAAGGAAGUCUGCUAAACUUACCGCAUUAUUGAAAGCUGCAGGUGCUGAUAUUUAUAAAGAGAAUUUUGAGCCCUUGUAUGAAAUACAUAAUAAAUACUGUGAAGAUCAACAGGAAGAGGACGAUGAAGGUUUUGUGCCUGGAACAACUCCUCUGGACAUGGCCCUUUCUGAUGAGAUUUAUGAUAUUCUAAAUGGAAAAGAAUAUAAACCAAAGAUGGACUUGCCAGUUUUCCUUCCACAAGGAGAUAUGAACCAUCUCUCAAAAGAAGCAAGAUAUGAAUUGUGUAAAGCAUUGGAAUUUCCAAAGCAGACAUGGGAGGUCUUAGCACAAAAGUUAGGUUUAGGUGUACUUAACAGUGCCUUCAGAUCAAGUACAUCGCCAGCAAAAACACUUCUGGACAGCUAUGAGGUUUCUGGUGGAACAAUCAUUGAGCUACUGGAUGGCCUAAAAGCAAUAGAAAAUGUCAAGGCUGUUGAAAUUGUUCAGAAAGCUCUCAUUGGGUUAGUAUAUAGUCCAGAUGAAGAUGAAGAACUUUCAGAAAGUGUCCCUUAUCUUCAGCAACAAAUCGUUGGCCAGGGUGCUGGACAAAUUCAAGACUUGAAGAACAACGCAAAUGAAGAUGGUGGUGUAUGUGACAGUGGCGUAGAAACAUCCUUCCGGAAGCUCAGCUGCAUGUCUGAGGAGUCGCUGCACAGCAUUGUUGAUGACGUGCUACUGGGUGACCAGCCUGUCUUUACUUUAAGAAGCAGUAUGGAUAUCUGAGAACCACACAAGAACAGAAGAAAGAAAAAAUAUCAUUGCUUUUGUUCCACUGACAUCUUUUUGUGGCAUUUGUGUUUGUGAAAAUCGCAUAUCUGUGAAAGACAUUACUUGCAGUUUUCUAUACCUACAGCAAAAGCGAUGCCAAUUAGAUGCAAUCUUCUGCUGUAAUCCUCAGGCCCUUCUAAGGCCUGCAGAAGGUACUCUAGGCCCAGUGAAUCAGUGUUAAUUUUUUUGAUAAAAACUAAGAUGAAAAUACUCAACAUUUUUUCUACAACGAAAACUGAACAAAAACUAAAUAAAAAUGCGCAAUAACAAAGAUGAAUGCUUUUAAAAUCAUUGCUGAUGAAAGCUAAAAAAACGAAAAUGUUAAAAACAGACAACUGGACAAUGAGUGAUGUAAAGCUCUUUGCACAUCUCAGUUACACAUGACAUGGUUCACCAACAAAUAAUGAACUUGAAUGCAGUGAUUCAAUUUUAAAAACUAGUUUGGGCACCAUCAGGAAAUCAUCAUAUCAGCCAGAGUCCUGCUCCACACAGCUCCGCUAUGUCUCAGGCAUAAAAAACAGUCAGACGUAUGGACCAACUUUAAUCAUAACACUGAUGGAAAUAAAAUGCAGUGUAAGCCUCAUGGAAUGAAGCUCACAGGAAAGAACACCACAAAUGUGAAAGGCGUGGCAUCCUGAGAUUAAUGCCAAGAUUUGUAAUGUUAUCUAGGUGGCGACUUACCUGAUGCAAAUGCCGUUACCUCUGGCUGUCAUUCACUCUGCUAAUUCUAAUGCGUCAAGUUAAUUUUAGGUGUGCUGCUAGUAGGAAUGCCACAUCGAUAGUAAGGUUGGUACUGCACUCUGGCAUGACUGCAAAUAUAUGAAUAACUUUAAGAUGGCACAAUAAUAUGUGACAAAAAUGUGAGUAAAAACUACAUAUGAAAAAGACUGAACAGUGGUGAUGAUACAUAUCGAAAAGAGAAACAGCAGAAGUCAUGUCCGGCAAUGCGUGUGAUUAGGGAAAACAUUCUCAUUAAUAGGGGAAAAAAAAAAGACAGGCACACACACGGGCUUAUGUUGUUGCAGUUUUACCCUUUGCAGUUUCCUUAAGAAACAGAUUCAGGCAGCUUUGAGAGUGCAAUCAGAUGCGCUCAGCCUCAGAUGUGAGUUGUAACUGUUUGUUACAGUUAGGAUUAGUAGUAGUGUUGCGCAUUUGUUACAGCAGAUGAAAUGACUGGGCGGAUUCAUCUCUUUUAGUACAGUGUCCUAUGUGGUUUGCAUCUAUGCCUCGAUUGUAAUGAGUACUACAUCUACACGUUUGUCCAAGCAUCCAUCCAUUUUAUAACUGGUGGAUCUAGUUAUGGGUUGCAGGUGAAACCACGUCACACACAUUCACUUAAUAGGGCACAGUGGCAGGGAUGACAACAGUCGUAGUAAUUAAUAAAUUGAGUCAAGUUUCAAAUGAAGUGGCUAUUUGGCUUGUCACCAUCAUGGAUGAAAUGAGAUAUUCCAUUUGUUAAUACUAACAUAAAAUGUAUUUAGGGUUUCAGUGCUUAAAGUUCUUGAAGCGCAUUUCCCAAUUAAUACGAUAUGUACAGUAUGGAAAAACAGCAUUGCUUCACUGCUCAGUAAGAAUAUGCAGACACUAAAUUUGUGCUGUUCAUUUAGUUUUUGAGGGUAAACUAAUGUUUAUGACUAUAACCCCUCAAAGUGUGAAAAACAUAGUAAAAGUAGUAAAAGCACUUAUGUCAUAUACAUUUUUUGGUAAAAUCUUACAGCAGCAUAUCUAAAGCAUGUUGAGGGCCAGAAAACUGUCAUGAUAGAGCAGAGCUGCCAUUAACUGAUGAAGAUCUUUGGAAUAAAUCCUAUCUACACCUACUCUUCAUUUUCAGUUCAGUAAUCACUACAUGUGGUUUGGCUCAUUAGUGUGCAUAUCAGUAUAAUAGUUUAGAGGUACAGUAUAUUCUGUGCAUAUUCAUAUGUGAAAGAAGAUGAUAUCCAUCUGAUUUUGACUAAUUUACUUAUAGUCGAUCAAACAUCGAUUUACUUUUCCUUGACUAAAAUUCAGUUACUUUUUGUCAACUAAAACUAACAAUAAUUUAAUGACUAAAAUGCAAUUUAGCCAGAAGACCAAGACUAAAACUUAAUCAAAAUGUACUGUCAAAAUGAACACUGCAGGAAUGCCAAGUGUGCCAGAAGAGCUUCAAAUGUAGACGGACCCCGUCGCUCCAUCAAACAUUUUAUCUGUAGCUAGUACAAAACUAAUCUACUCAGCAGAACUUUGAAGUAACGGCUUAAUGACAUGACAUUGACAGCGUUAUAAUUAUUCUUAUCAGUUGGCCCAAAUUGUGAAAUUCCUCUAAACCUAAGCGCAGAAUAUGUGCAAAUAAACUAUCAAAAUAAAAACAAGUCUAGAGUUUGGCCGCAAUGUAGACAGCUGUAGAGAUGAAGCUGUGGUCUUUUCCGGUGCCUCAUUUAAUGUAAUAAUAAAGUAGUAUUUAAAUAUAAUAAAGCCGGUUUGCAUUGCCUGGGCUGUGCAGCCAUAAAACUUUUUUAGUUUAAAGCAGCCUUCCAUGUGCGACUUUCUACUGUUUUUAAUGUUUUAAAUGACAGCUCCUAAAGUUGCAGCUGUUUUUGGUGCCUUGAUGUUUAUCUUAUUUUUUCUAUACAGUGUAUUUUUUCUUUACAUUUUUAACACCUUUUUGUUUAAGUGUUUCCCUUUUGGCUCUGUGGACUUCUGUUAUGUAUAGUUCUCAGAAAAUGACUUUUAUGUUGCUUUUUUUCCAUGUUGAAUUUUACUUAGAAAAAUCUUAUGAUUUAGACUUACAGUAGUGUUUGCAUUUGCAGCUUUAUCAUAUUGAUAUGUGGUGGGCAGCAGUGAAAACAGACUGUCACACCCUGCUAACUGCAGACCUUGGAAUAAUGUGCACUGUAUAUAAAUGUUAUUUUAAAGUUGAACUGUAUGUUAACUUUUAGAAAUACUGAAAAACAUACAAUACCUUCACGUGCAUCAUGGACUAAAUAGUACUUUUAAAUAUUGUUAAUCGCUUACAUUUUCUGUGUGUAAAUAUUUGUAAUAAAACGCAUUUAUAUAUA